UUCGUCCAGUUACAUUCGUCGUGGGCGGGACAUGGCGUUGCAAAAUGAAGUCGCACGAGUCUAAAUGUAACUGUUGUUUUGUGUGGCGGUUUUCUGGAUUGUUGAUCUGCUUUUGAGAUGUUUAUGGGACAUUUCUUUGCCAAAGUCAAAGUCCAGCUUUGAUUUGAGAAUCUCACCGGUGGACUUGGCUUCUUGAAAGGAUAUCAAGCUAUCAGAGGACAUUAGCCAGCGACGUUAGCUAAGCUAACUGGCCAGACUGAAACAUGCCGAAUUUUUGCGCGGCUCCAAACUGCACACGGAAGAGUACACAGUCCGAUUUGGCAUUUUUUCGGUUUCCUCGAGACCCUGAGAGAUGCAGAAUCUGGGUGGAGAAUUGCCGCAGGGCGGAUCUCGAAGCCAAAACAGCCGACCAGUUGAAUAAGCACUACAGAUUAUGUGCCAAACACUUUGACCCUGCCAUGGUGUGCAAAACUAGCCCCUAUAGGACGGUCUUAAAGGACACGGCCAUCCCAACCAUUUUUGAUUUGACGAGCCAUCUGAAAAACCCUUACACCAGGCAUCGGAAGCAGAUAAAAGAACUUACUGAUGAAGAUAUACAGAGGAUUAAAGAGAGACGAUUGGCUUCUGCUGAGCAGACCAUCAAAAAAGAGGAUCUGUCAAACAUGGUUGACAACGAGCCUCAGCUCUCGGCCGAUGAGAAAGAGUACCGGGAUUAUUUGAGGUCUUUGUUUGAGAUUCUGUUCAUGCUGGCAAAACAAGCAAUCCCUUUGACCACCGGCAGAGUAUCCGAAGAAGAACUCAAGUCCAACAACUUCCAGGCCGUCAUAGAUUACUGCAUGAAUGCCGGAGACGAGGCUCUGAGGAAGAGAUUCGAGGUGACUGCGGUGAACAGCGAGUACCUCAGCGCUGCGCAGCUGAACCAGCUCCUCGACGUUUGCGAGAACACGGUGAGGGAGGAGAUGCUCAUGGAGGUGAGGGAGAGUCGUUUCUACUCCCUGGUGACGGGCGACCUGGUCGAAUUCGCCAACAGCAAACACUUGCCCGUGUUCCUCCGCUUCGUCAACCAGCAGAACGUCCUCAGAGAGGAGUUCGUGGACUUCCUCCCGUUCGUGGACGGAGACGAGGCGGCGCUGGUGGAAAGCCUGGAGGCUCUCCUGGUGGACCGCUGGGGACUCAGCAUGGAGGACUGUCGCGGUCAGGCCCACAAGGCCACCGGGACCUCCACCACUAAGAUGAAGGCCGUCGCCGUACUGCUGAUGGAGAAGUACCCUCUCGCGCUGCACAUGCCUUGCUCGCAUUUGGCGCUGAACAUCCACCUCGCCAACAACCUACCUUUCCCCAACGUGCAGAUCGUCAUGGAGAAUCUGAGGAGGAUUACGUCCUUCUUUAAAACCCCACACACUCAGGAUGAGCUGGAGAAGGCCAUCUCCAUUCAGUUCCAGAAGAACGAGGAGAAAAGAAAUGCUCUCAAAAAGAUGUGCUCCUCCGGAUGGACGGAGCAACACAACAUCUUUGACGUGCUGCUGGAUAUAUUACCUUCUCUCCUGCUGUGCAUGGAUAGCAUUCGGGACAAUGCCGACAGAAAGUUUUCCAGUAGCGUCACUGCGGAUGCGUAUUCCAUCGGAGAAAGCAUCGCGGACUUUGAGGUGAUUGUCACCAUCGUCAUCUUGAAGAACGUUUUGACGUUCACCAGAGCCUUCGGGAGAAACCUUCAGGGGGAAACGCUCGACGUGUUCUCCGCUGCAAGCAGCCUAACGGCGGUGCUGUACUCUCUCAAUGAGGUCAACGACAACAUCGACGUGUACCACGAGUUCUGGUACAGCGAGGCCAUCAGCUUGGCCGCCCUCAUGCAGAUCCCCGUGUCCGUCCCGAGGCUCUUCCUCCGGAAGCAGCGGGCGGCCGACCUCGGCGAGAUCCAGGCCGAGACCUACUUCAAGGAGUACGUGACCGUACCCGUGAUCCGCGGCAUCAUGCAGGAGGUGGAGGACAUGUUCUGUGACAACAACCUCCGAGCUCUCAAGUGCCUGUCGCUGGUUCCGGCCGUCAUGGGCCACAUGAAGUUCAACACCACGGAGGAGAACUUCGCCGAGGUCUACAGCGGCGACCUCCCGAACCCGGACACGCUUCCCGCCGAGCUCCACUGCUGGAGAAUCAAAUGGAAGCACAGAGGGAAAGAGGUGCGCUUGCCCACCACCAUCCACGAGACCCUGCAGCUGCCGGACGUCAAGUUCUUCCCCAACGUGGACGCCUUCCUCAAGGUGCUGUCCACCAUGCCGGUGCUCAAAGUCGAGAAAGGCACGGGCGACGCCGCCACCGAGCGGCUGCAGGCGUACGUCGGCAGCGUGCCUGCGAAGCAUUUAAACAAAAGUCUCGCGAUGCUCCACAUCAACACCCACGUCAAGCACGACCUGGAUGUCAUGGUGGACAAAUACUGCCGGCUGUACCCCGAGGAUGACCCCGAGGCUGAGGCCGAGGACGUUGGCGAUGACGUCAUUGUGACCAAAGUGAUCUGAAGCUUUGGGUCGGAUUCUCACUUGUUGUCUUUGAGUAAAAUACCAGUUUUAACUGCAAAAAAAAAAAAAAAAAAAGUAGAAUAUUAUUUUAUUACUGCAUCUGAAAUAAUUUUGUCAUCUUAAUGCCACGCAGUCGGUUGUUUUAACAGACAUGGUGGUACUUAGCCCGCUAGCUGUAGCUACACAAUAGUUACUAUUAAAGAGUUAAAGGUGGUGAUGACUUUACUACAAUGGAGCAUUAGGGCCACGCUACGAGAACUAAGAUAAUAAAAUUAGAAUAAAGUUGUGAGAAUUAAGUAAUAUUACAAGUUGUACAAUAAUAAAAUCAAAAAUAAUACAAGAAUAAAGUCAUAUAUUGACUCUAGGUUGUAAAAUGAUCAUUUUCUUAAUACUGUGACGCUGUAUAACUUAUCGUGACCCUACAACUUUCCGCUCAAUUCUAUUAUUCUCUUAAUUCAACUUUAUUCUUUUCAAUAUAACUAUUCUUGUCAUAUUGUAACUAUAUUCUUGUAAUUUCUGACUUUAUUUUAUUUAAUUUUUUUAGUAUGGCCCAAAUACUCCAUUGUACUUUAUAACUUCUUCACCAGAAACAUUUUCGCACAAACAAUUAAAUCUUUCUUGGAAGUUUGAGAGACAUUGGUCAAUAAACGAAACAACGCAGCUUCAGCUGGUCUGUGUUAAAGUUCGCUCUGAAAUUCAAACAAAUGCGAAGUGGAUGUUUGUUUUUUUAAUCAGUUUAUGUAGCUUACAAUUUUGAGAGACUUUUAACUAAAAAUGACAGAAAAUGUGUGAUGUGUAAAUAUUCAGUGUUUCUCCAACAGACUGUUGAGUUCUCAUACGCGAUGACGCCUUAAUAAAAUGAAUCAAAUCUUUUGGGGGGUUUUAUUAUCUUUUUUAUUAUUACUAGCCUUUUGAUAUUUGUCACUUUUGUAAUUGAUCUGAUAACUUCUGUGGGGGUUUUUUUCUAAAUCAAAUGACAUGAUGCAGGCAGAUUACUCUUUUUUUGUUUGUUUUUUUUAAGAAAAAGGCUCUUCUCCUGGACACCAAAUGGGAGCAGCAGCACAAGUUUGGUAAUCUGUCUCCUACUGAGUUUCUUUGUUCUGGUUUUCAAUAGUGUUGGAAGUCCAUCUGUACUAUGUUCAUGUAUCGUGUUAUGCCAGGAUAUGUCUAAACAAAAUGUGAUAUUUGGGGUUUUUUCUACUUGUGCUUUGAACAUGAUUUUGUUUUUGUAUAUUUUUUGAGAAAAAUGUUUAAUUAGUUUCAAUUAAACGCCCUGUAAAGAACAUAAAA